CUUGCCUCCCUGGCCGCAUCACUUCUGAACCUCCCCAAGCAAAUGUGCCAUCUCUCAGCUGUCGUGCUCAUCGGAGCCAGCCUCCACCACCGUCCACAGCUCUCUGGUGCUCGCCCAUGGCGCCCGCCCUGCCCCAGGUCCGAAGCUGGUCGUCGUGUAUGCUCGGUCUCACGGGCGCCAUCGUUCCGCGCACCGGCCUCGGCAAACUCCAAGAACCUGGGCCGCCUGGGCCCAGCACGUUAUCCUCGUCACCAGCUCGCUCGCGUGCCCAGCUUCCUGUUUUCCCUCUUCCUCCCGCGCUCGGACAUCGCCAGUGAAGGCCCGCGCGCGCCGUCGUUUGAAUCCUGGUUUUCUCCCUACUCGCUGCGCUCACGUCGUCGUCUUCCUGCUCGUUCCGCGACGUCGCUCCCAGUCCACAGCUCGUUGGCUUCCCUGUGCGCGGUUGCGGAUGCCGUCGCCCGAUCCUUGUGCCUUGGCCCGAUCCUUGUGCCUUGCCGAGCUCAUCACCGCCGCGAGACUCUGCAUCGCUGUGCUCAGCCACGCCUCCCUAGUCGUCUUGCACAUACUCAUCUCCAAACAGGACCACGCUGCCGACUAUUGACCCCGUCGUUGCCUCGCAGCGCUCGAACACUAUCGUUGUCACUCGACAACGUGUUUGCCCGUCACCACGUUACCUUCAGCAACACGGCUCUACUGGACUCCGUGCGCUCGUCGACACCUGGUUAUCGAUCUCCGCCACGCCGUGCCCCCGCUCUUCAGCAUCGUCGUCACCCUUUUUCUGUUAUGUCGCAGGCGUUCGUGGAUUGGUACGUUAAUUGAUCACGUGAUGUGGAGGUCAAGAGUCAAGCUGACCUCAAAUGGUGCAAAGGAUGAUCUACUCCGGGAAGGGAUGUCGAUGGACCAAUCUCAAGUGGAUGGAUAGAACGAGUGCCAAGACAAAGGAUGGUCGUCAAGUGAUCGUCGUCUAACAAACACUAACCUAGUGUUAUCCCAGGCAAGCCCCGGUGCAUUAUCUAUUUCCUUGUUUUAAAAACUUUAUCACCUUGUUUGAUGCAUUAGGUGAUAGGAGUAGUGUGCUAAACAAUUGAUGCAUUCCCUUCCUUGG